GAGAAGGGAAGAUGGAUGGGGCCUGUGGGGGGCACAUCUGGAAAGGGCCAUGAGGGCACAUCUGGACGCGGGGGGGGAUGCUCCACCCUGGGCUCAGCCACGCUCGGUGCCGGUUCUGGUGCGGGCAGGGAGGGGCUCGGGGGCACCGCGGGCCUGGCCCGGUUCCAGCGCUGCCCCCGGGCCGUGCCAGGCCUGUGCCAGGGGGUUCCUGCUGCGGAGGCGGCUCCGGGGCCUGCGGGAGGAGUUCGAGGCCGUGGUGCUGGAGAUCGAGGGGGACCUGAGGCAGCUGCGCUGGACCGGCCGCGUUCUGCAGCGGCCACGCUUCGAGCCCUCUCCAAGGAAGCCCUCGGAGGCUGCAAAGAAUGAGACCAUUCCCAAAAAAACCCUGGAGAAGCCGGAUCCCCCUGGAGCAGAGUGGGCUGGGAGCUUUGAGAACAUCCCCCCAUCAGCCCCCCUGUCCAGUGGGACAACCCCAAAACCCCCUAAUUUGGGGUCUGGUGCUGAUAAAAGCCUGGAAAAGGAGGGAAGAACCCUGGCAGGGAGCCAGGAGUGGGACAAGGACAGCGUGGCCUCGGAAUGGGACAGCAGCCACCUGGGAGCCAGCCCAGAAAUCCCAGCGGACCUGCAGGGCCUUCCCCGCUCGGAGCUGCAGUCCCACAGGAACCAUCUCCUGAUGGAGCUGCUGUGGAUCCAGCAGGCCAUUGCCAGCAGGAAACACUUCCUGAUGCUGAAACAGAAGCUGGGAAUUCCCAACCACUCCGGAAUUCCUGAGUUCUUGGAUUGGUGUGGAGAAACCCUGGAGCAGCAGCACCAGUCCUGAUGUGACAAUGGCAGCUCAAGGGGAGCUCCACCUUUGUGGGAUGUUUCUAACUCCAGAAAAAAAUGUGGGAAGAAAAUCCUUUUGUGGAUAUUUGGUCCAAGCAGGAUUAAACAUCAUCAGCCAGGGGGGUUGUGGUGUGUCCUGAUCCACGACAUCCCCGUUUUUCUUGAGCUGGAUGAUCCAGUUGGGAAAAGGAGGAUUUUCACUUCUAGCUGGUGCUUUUGGUGCUGGAAUGGCUGAAGGCAGCAGGAAUGAGCUCUACCCACAGAACUCUGUGGAUUCCACUUGGGAAUCCUUGUGUUUGGGCUGGCUCUGCAAUAUCCAGGAUCUGCACGUGGUGGAUUUUUGGGAACACUGAAGUGCUGAGUGGGGAGGAGUUCCCUGAUUGCUGUGCAGGUCGGCAGGGAGUGAUGGAUGAGGCUCAUUCCUGCCUUUCCUCUGGAUCUGGGAAUUCUCUCCUGGGGCAGAGCCAGGGAAGCCAGGAAAGGACCUGGUGCUUUGUCAAUUCUUUCAGCUCAGGGAUGUUCCAGGUCCCACAGAAAGGGACUUCCCACGUGGUGCUGUGGUUCCCUCCCUGACCCUUGUGUGGACACUGCAGAUGAGGAUCCUUCUGUUCUGGAAUUAUUUUUAUUUUUUGUGAAUAAAUCCUGGAGGAUCAAA